AUGUCAUCAAAGAAGAUAGAGUUGGAUCACAAGGACAUUGUCCAUGAUUCUGCCAUCGACUACUAUGGCAAGCGCCUUGCCACUGCUUCCUCAGACUCUACUGUGAAGAUCGUCAACAUUGGUGCGGCAAAUGCCCCAUCCCAGGUCCUUGCAACGCUUAGUGGCCACUAUGGUCCUGUGUGGCGUGUGGCGUGGGCCCAUCCAAAGUAUGGUGCUAUCCUUGCAUCCUGCAGUUAUGAUGGCCAUGUCAUUAUUUGGAAGGAGGAUGCACGGAGCAAUUGGUCUCAAGUCCAUGUGUUCAGUGACCAAAAGUCAUCUGUUAACUCCAUUGCUUGGGCUCCGUAUGAGGUUGGCCUGUGCCUUGCCUGUGCAUCUUCUGGUGGAAGAAUAUCCAUCUUGACGAUGCGAGCAGAUGGGGGUUGGGAUACUUCAACCAUUGAGCGAGCACAUCCUGUUGGUGCGACUGCCAUAUCCUGGGCUCCUGCAACAGCUUCACUAGCUGGUGCAGGGGAGCUUGUUUACAAGCUCGUCUCAGGAGGGUUUGACUCUGUUGUUAAGGUCUGGGGAUUCAACAAUGGUAGCUGGAAGCUGGAGAGUGCUCUUAUCUCUGACAUGCACACAGAUUUUGUGAGGGAUGUCGCAUGGGCACCGGUUUUGGGAUUGGCCAAGUCGACCAUUGCCAGCGGUUCGCAAGACGGGAAGGUUGUCAUCUGGACCAAGGGGAAGGAUGGAGACAAGUGGGAGGGAAAGCUCAUGCGUGACUUUGGUUCCCCUGUCUGGAGGGUGUCCUGGUCAUUGACUGGGAACAUAUUGUCCAUAGCAGCCGGUGAGAACAACAUAACCCUCUGGAAGGAAGGGUCAGAUGGGCAAUGGGAGGAGGUGAUGAAGGUUGAACCAUAG